AUGAAGGCAGCUAGGAUGAGUGUUUGUGUGGUGCUUGUGCUUCUCACAGUUACAGCCGGUGUACAGAGUGGAUACGAGUCUUCGCUGUCUGGCACCUGUGAUCUCUCUGACCUGUACGGCAUGGCCGCGGUCUGCGAAACAGACUUUAUAUGUCACAGUCAGCAGUAUGACUGCAGUUCCCGAUAUGAGACCCUGCUGUACUGUGUGACCGGGAUCGUGUGGAACUGUUUCCGAGGGAUGAUGACAGAUGAAGAACUCGUCGUCAAGGCAGCUACUGUACAGAUGAUGUUCAAGACAUCAAGAAGCCAAGAAUUCUACUGCAGUGGAAGGAUAUGGACUCAUCUAGACGUGGGCAGGUACCUUGCUGAACAUGACGGGGCGUGUACGCCUGCCUUCUAUGAUGAGAAGGACGAAUGCUUCUCUUCGGUGUCUCCAACUUUAAACAGUGGACAGUUCCUAGAUCCUCUCCUUUGCAGUAACUACAGCGUCGCUCUGGAGUGCACGAGGGAAGCCAUGCGGAAGAACUGCAGAUUUCCCGGGGAGAAACGUAACGUGUCCGUCGGCCACAAUCCGUUCUGUGACUGUGAGGACGUGUUGUCUACAACUGUGAACAGCGACAGUUUCACAACCAAGCCCAACAUGCUCCCCACUGAUGCAUCCACAGAUGUCACAACCACUGAAGCCUUGGAUAAUAAGACUUUGAUAAUGCAAACGUACGAACCGCCUUUGGACAAUCCUAUAGAAAGGGUGGAGGAUAUAGACAAGGAUUCAGUGAGCAACAAGGCACAUAACUUAUUGGCUUUGUCAAUGGUCUGCAUAGCUGUAGUGAUAUCAGUCACUCUGCUAUUGAUUCAUAUCAGCUAGAUGACACCUUGUGAUGUUACAACUAUUUUAUUUUCAGACAUCAACUCUUUUAAGGGUUUGAAUUGUGUGGAAUACAAAGUGUAUUCAGAAGUUUGUUAUUCCUAUCUUAUAUACAUGGUAAAAAUGUUACACUGCACAACGAAAUGUAUACCAUUCUACAAAUAUAUUAUGUAAACAUAUUGAUCUUAAAAAUAUUCUUGCAAUCAAGAUAUGUU